UCUUAGUCAGCUAUAACAGUUACAAAAUGUUACACUGAAAGUUUUGAAAAAACUCUUAUAUGGCCUGUUGUGUGCGUGUAAGGUUGUUAGAAGUAAUCAAUGUGUGUCAUCUGGACACAACGUACUAAAAUGAUCCCCUACUGGCUGCUUAAAAACACGUUUCAACACAUGUGCCAACAUCUGGAGAGUUAGGAUGGGAAACCUCGUUCUCUCUUUCGGACAUCUGAGUUCACAGACAGAAACUUUCCCAAAACAUAACUCCACUACCAGGACCAGUUCUGGGUCCCUGGGUCAGCCUUGGAUCUGCACGCCAGCCCUCUGAGUAGUCUGCACGGGGAGGAGACAGAAACGAAAAACGGAUGAAGGACCACUAGACGUCAGCACCUCUCCACAACUUUCCAGCUUCUGUUGGCGUCCAGCUCGGUCUGGAUCGAUGUUCAAUGGGAUGGACUGAAAUCAGCUGGGCUGCUCUCUGAAAAAGAUUCGCCUGCUCAACGAAAACCUGUGUGGGAGACUGCAAACGAGCCUUGUGUGUUGUUUUUCUAACCCAUGUUGCUAAUAAAAUCUGAAGCAGCUUGGUGUUCUGGAUACACCAAGAUCUUCUUCUUCACCUUCAAACCUUUUUUGUUGUUUUUCAUCAAGUGAUAGAUUACUCUCGGAUUUCACAUCGCGCCAUGUCCUUCUGUCGGACUGAAGUGGACCAUGAAGUUAUGGGAUAGUCUGACCACCUGUUUGAUUCUGCUCAGCGCAGUGGGGCCCAGCUCGCUGCUCCGGAGCAGACAUCACCGAUUGUCCGCAGAGAGAAGAGAGGGAGCGCCGGAGAGUCCCCUGGAGGUCCCGCCGGUUCAGAUCCUUCUGUCCGUCAUCUCACCGAAUAUAAUCCGAGCACAGACAGCAGGCAAACUGGACACAGGAGGAGAAAAAUACAACUUGGAGGAAAUCAUCCAAAGUGAUAAAAAUGUCAUGGACUUUAUCAAAACAGUGAUCAGUAGAGUCCGUCGCUCCUCCUCUGCUGAGCCUUCAUCUACCUACUUCUCAUUCUCUUCCCACCUUAGCGAAAACUGGAGCAGCAGGACUCAACUCAGAAGGGAAAGGAAGAAGGGAGCAAAGCUGAAGAGAGGAGAAGAGAAGAGGAAAGAAAAUAAAGAAGAAGAAAUGACCAGGAAGAGUGUAAGAGGAGGUGGCAGUGGACGAGGACCAGGCUGCGUGCUUAGACAGAUUCAUCUGAAUGUAACAGACCUCGGCCUAGGUUACAGCUCCAGUGAGGAAAUGAUAUUCAAAUACUGCUCAGGACCCUGCAGAAAGUCAGAAACCAACUACGACAAAAUCCUUUUCAACCUGGUCAACAAAAGGAAGCUCUCCACCAAAGACAUGCCCCUGCAGGCUUGCUGUCGGCCAAUCGCGUUUGACGAUGAUCUCUCGUUUCUGGAUGACAACCUCAUUUACCACAUCAUGAGGAAACACUCUGCCAGAAAAUGUGGCUGUGUGUAGAAGGAUCUGGAGUGGGCAAAACUUCCUUUCAGUCUUUUUAGGUGACUGUGUGGCUGUGACUGCAUGGUACAGUAAUCAUAGCGCCACAAACAUAAAAACUGCUUUUGAAAACUUUAAAAAUUUUGAAAUAGGCUUCUUCAGGACACCAGUUACAUAAGGAAGUGUUAUUUUCACCACUAAAAUGCACACAUUAAGUGCAUUCAUUUAUAUUUUUGAAUUAAUUGAUAUUUAUUGAUGCGCUCAUAGAACAAACAAUGGACAAAACAGUAAAAGUAACAAUCCUAGCAAUGCAGCCAGUUGUUAGAGAUUUCAAACAUCAUUAUUUGAAAUUUAGCGUUUUUCGCGAUAAACAUUGAAAAAUAUGAUACAAGUCCAUCCUUAAUCCAGCAACUGAAUUUGUUUCAUUUGGAAAAAGAUGUUGAGUGUUUUUUUUUCUUUACAUUUUAUGUGAAAACUGUACUGCAUAGUGUAAUUGUGAAUGAACCUAAACGGGACAAUAUUUACGUGUUCUUUUUUAAUGAUUCACUUCUGUUCAACCUCAUCUUCAGCAAAGAAAAUGCAUCAUUUUUUACUAUACCUACAGAUAUCUAUCCUGACUAUAAGAAAGAACUGCUUUGCAAUUAUACCCUCUGGAAUAUGUUAGUCACAUAUGAAAUUUAAUUUAUGAAAUGCAAAAUGUUUUAAAUUAUUAGUAUUUAUUACACUUUUAUAAAGGAAUAAAUGUUAUUUAUUGCCAUAUGGGCAUAUUUCAGAAUCUGCUAAAUGUUACGUCAAGCAGAUUAUGAGUUUAUGCAUUGGGAAGAGAUGUUUAAGGUUCUUUGUGAACCUCCUGAAAAGUCAAGUGAGGAUGCAGUGUUUCUCUUUCCUGCAUUUGCAUCCAUCAGUUAUAGUUAUAUAGAACGCAGAAUCAUCCAGACAAAGGACACAAAUAUGUGAUAUUUGUUUAUUUUUACAUGUUCAAUAAUAAAGUAAAGACACAUGUUUAAAUGAAACAAAGACCGCCCAAGUCUGCUUUUGAAUAAAAGUUGCUGGAUGUUUGUGGUCCUCUUUACAAUGAAGUUAAGAUGAAAGUAAAAAAAAAAAAAAUUGUUAAAACAGACAAAUACUUUGUUUUGUACCUAAAGAUUCCAAAUUAUUGUUAAGAAGAUUUUAAUGGGUCAAUGAAAGUGUUGCCCUCAUUUGUGUCCAAAUUUGUAUCAUUCCAGGGAUCACAAAUGGCCUGUGGGCCACACUUUGGACCCCCCUGCCAUAAAAUAAAUGCAUCGUUAAUAUCUGAAA